CUGCGGCUAAACUUUGCUGUCCCAUUCGUGUUUCCUGGCUCCACUCACAUGCGCUGACAAGGAAGAGCCGAAGUGUCUGUUUUAUUCCGCGAUAAUUUGGAGUAUAUGUAAAUUUGGUGGUGAGAUUUACGAUCAUUUUUAUGUAAAAAGUAGAGACAGGAAAGUUUUCGUGCGUCUGUCUGUGAGAGCGUAACCAGGAUGAUCGCAGCCCAGCUACUAGCUUAUUACUUCUCUGAACUCAAGGAUGACCAGGUUAAGAGGAUUGACAAGUACCUGUACUCCAUGCGCUUCUCUGAUGAGACACUGUUGGACAUCACACAGAGGUUUCGCAGGGAGCUGGUCAAAGGACUAGGACGGGAUACGAACCCCACGACUGCCCUAAAAAUGCUGCCGACAUUUGUGCGCUCAAUUCCAGAUGGAUCAGAAAAGGGAGAUUUCAUUGCCUUAGAUUUGGGUGGCAGUAACUUUAGGAUCCUCCGUGUGAAAGUGAGCCACCAGAAGAAACAGACUGUUCAAAUGGAGAGUGAAAUCUAUGACACACCUGAAGACAUUAUUCACGGGACAGGACAAAGGCUGUUUGACCAUGUGGCGGAGUGUCUGGGUGACUUUAUGGAAAAACACCACAUCAAAGACAAGAAGCUACCUGUUGGAUUUACUUUCUCCUUUCCCUGCCAACAAACUAAACUAGAUGAGGGAUAUCUUAUAACUUGGACAAAACGCUUCAAAGCUAGUGGUGUAGAGGGAAUGGAUGUUGUGCAGUUGUUAAAUAAAGCUAUUAAAAAACGUGGGGACUAUGAAGCAGACAUUAUGGCAGUGGUGAAUGACACAGUGGGAACAAUGAUGACGUGUGGAUUUGAUGACCAGCGCUGCGAAGUUGGAAUUAUUAUUGGUACUGGCACUAAUGCGUGUUACAUGGAGGAGCUGCGUCACAUUGACUUGAUGGAGGGGGACGAGGGCCGGAUGUGUGUGAACACUGAGUGGGGGGCUUUUGGAGACGACGGCGGACUGGAGGACAUCAGAACCGAGUUUGACAGAGAGAUAGACAGAGGCUCACUGAACCCUGGAAAACAGCUAUUUGAAAAGAUGGUUAGUGGCAUGUACAUGGGGGAGUUGGUUCGUCUCAUUCUGGUGAAGAUGGCUCGAGAAGGUUUGUUGUUUGAAGGCAGGAUCACACCAGAGCUCCUCACCAAAGGCACCAUAGAAACCAAGCACAUCUCAGCGAUGGAAAAGAACAAGGAGGGACUGUCCCGGACCAAAGAAAUUUUAACCAAACUUGGUGUUGAGCCUUCAUCAGAUGACUGUAUAGCUGUACAACAUGUUUGUGCCAUUGUGUCUUUCCGCUCGGCCAGUUUGAUUGCUGCUACUUUGGCUGGGAUCUUAUUGAGGCUAAAGGAAAACAAACAUGUGACUCGUCUGCGGACCACAGUCGGGAUUGAUGGGUCCCUGUACAAAAUGCACCCACAGUACUCUCGCCGUCUUCACAAAACUGUACGCCGUCUGGUCCCAGAUUCUGAUGUUCGGUUUCUUCUGUCUGAGAGUGGCAGUGGAAAGGGCGCUGCCAUGGUGACUGCUGUGGCCUAUCGACUGGCAGAACAAUCACGACAAAUUGCUCAAACGUUAGCAGAGUUUCGACUGACCACUGAACAGUUACUAGAGGUGAAGAAGCGUAUGAGAACAGAGAUUGAAAAUGGUUUAUCAAAAAGCACUCAAGACAUUGCCACAGUCAAAAUGUUGCCUACAUAUGUUCGAAGCACUCCUGAUGGCACAGAGAAUGGAGAUUUCCUAGCUUUAGAUUUAGGAGGAACAAAUUUCAGAGUUUUGCUGGUCAAGAUCCGCUCUGGGAAAAGGCGUUCAGUAGAAAUGCACAACAAGAUUUACGCAAUUCCUCUCGAAGUUAUGCAGGGAACAGGAGAAGAAUUGUUUGAUCACAUCGUGCAUUGUAUCAGUGACUUCCUGGACUACAUGGGCAUGAAAAGUGCUCGUCUUCCUCUCGGUUUCACAUUUUCUUUCCCAUGCAAACAGAACAGCCUGGAUGCUGGAAUACUGGUAACAUGGACCAAGGGAUUCAAAGCAACAGACUGUGAAGGAGAAGAUGUUGUGGGACUGUUGAGGGAAGCAAUUAAGAGGAGAGAGGAGUUUGACCUUGAUGUUGUGGCUGUAGUCAACGAUACAGUGGGAACAAUGAUGACCUGUGCCUAUGAAGAGCCAACCUGUGAGAUAGGCCUCAUUGCUGGUACGGGUAGUAAUGCGUGCUACAUGGAGGAGAUGAGAAACAUUGAGAUGGUCGAGGGAGAUGAGGGUCAGAUGUGUGUCAACAUGGAGUGGGGAGCCUUUGGUGACAAUGGUUGUCUCGAUGACUUCAGGACCGAAUAUGACCGCUCUGUAGAUGACUUGUCUCUCAAUCCGGGCCAUCAAAGAUAUGAAAAGAUGUGCAGUGGGAUGUAUCUUGGUGAAAUUGUGAGGAACAUCCUAAUUGACCUAACCAAAAGGGGAUUCCUGUUCCGAGGUCAAAUCUCAGAGACACUAAAAACCAGAGGCAUUUUUGAGACAAAGUUCCUUUCGCAAAUAGAAAGUGACCGUCUGGCAUUACUGCAAGUGAGAUCUAUUCUCCAACAUUUAGGUCUGGACAGCACGUGUGAUGACAGUAUCAUAGUUAAAGAGGUAUGUGGAGCCGUGUCAUACCGUGCAGCUCAGCUGUGUGGGGCAGGAAUGGCAGCUGUGGUCGAUAAAAUCAGAGAAAACCGAGGACUAGACUUUCUCAACAUCACUGUAGGAGUGGAUGGGACUCUUUACAAACUGCACCCACAUUUCUCCCAAAUCAUGCACCAAACAGUGAAGGAGCUGGCGCCUCAGUGUGACGUCAACUUCCUGCUCUCAGAGGAUGGCAGCGGCAAAGGCGCUGCCCUCAUCACUGCUGUGGGCUGCAGGAUGAGGAAUGAAAUGAACGGCAAAUAAAUUAUUCAGUAGAUGCACUGCAACCUGCCCACUAGGGAAGACUCUGCUGGAGUUCUGUUGCAAUUACUGUAUAUUAUAGAACAAGUUAUAUGUCAACAGCUUUAGUCCAAACAGUAGGUAAGCGCUACUUUCUUCAAAGCAAGAAGUGCAAAUCUUGAGACAAAAGCAAGAUUAGUUUUGUACAAAUGAGUUUGAUUAGUCUUUAUAUUUAGAUUACAAUGUUAGAACUUAAACAUGCUCAGUUUGUGCCUGUCGUGCUUUCAUGUGCACACAAGCGCCCUCCACAGGAUUAUUGUGGUUACUGUACUCUAUGCUCUAUGGUAGUAGGGCAAUAUUGAAAGGGCUAUAAUAAUUAACUUGUAGAAAAAGGACAAAAAUGGUGAACAAAGUCAGUACAGCAAAGGGAUGUGAUGUAGAAAUGUACAAUGAGAUUAAAGGGAAUAUGUGUUAUUCUAUUCUAUAUAUUUACACAAUGAUGCUAUUUAUUUUAUUUUUGUAUUUGGAAAUUAAUCUGUGUUACUGAUGAAUACUGUAAACACAUUGGGCCAAAGAGGAACAAGGCAUAAUGCUUUUUGUCUGAAUGCAUUUGCUUAUAUUGGCCUAUAGGUGGCACACUGCUCAACUUGCACAGAAAAGAGAUUCAGCAUGUACUGUAGCAUCAAUAUUCCUAUACUGUAUUCCCCUGAUAUACCAUUUUAAAAGGGCAGCACUACUUAUAAGCCUAUUCAUGCAGAACACAGAAUUAUACAACUUCUCUCUUAAAUACUGUGUGUAAGGGAUACAGGAAAUUAAAAUACUGUUGGUGCCAUGCAUUUUCAAACCCUGGUCCAUUGUGUUAAAACAAAUGUUCUCUAUGUGUUUUGUCCUCUGACUGUUAAUUCAACUGCUAUUUACAGCAAACGCAUUGUUUUAGUGCAAUCUUUGGCUUAAUCCUAAUGCUAUGUCAAGAGUUUGCCACUUUUAUUUAAAACUGUAAAAACCUUACUGAUACUCGCACCUUAUUCUUGCUUUUGUUCACUUAACAUUUGUCAAAUAAAAAUCCUGUAUCCAUUUUA